AUGACAGGCCCCUCCCCGCGCCGCCGGGCGUCCCUCGUCGCGUCGCCGACCCCAGUUCCCCCUUCGCCCACGACAUCCCACAUCCCCCGUCCCCAGUCCGCCGCCGGUGGCCAAAUCCCUCGCCCAUCCUCUGCUGCUGGCAGGUAUCGCAGCUUGGGCGCAGCCAGUGUCAUGAGCGAGCGUGCACCAGAACCCGUUUCCUCCAAUGACAGUGAAACGGACAAGGGCCAAGUCCGCGUUGUGCUCCGCAUUCGCCCAUCCGAGCCAGAGGACCCCGCUGUGCCCCUCCGCCAUCGCUCCGUCUUGGUCCACCCCACCACCCAAACUGAUGUCCGCGUCAGCGUGGACCCCGCGACCCUCGCUGGCUCGGCGUCGUUGGCCUCGAGCUCGAAACGCCACCCCACAUUCUCCUUUGACCGCGUGCUGCCGGAGCAGUCAACCCAGUCCGACCUUUAUAAUACCGCUGCCAAGGAGCGCGUCGAGGAGUUCCUCCGUGGCUUCAAUGUGACCUUUUUGGCGUAUGGCCAGACUUCGUCGGGCAAGUCGUAUUCCAUGGGCACCACUGGCGAUGAACAGGACUACCUGGACCUGUCCGAGACAUCGCGUGCUGGUCUUAUUCCCCGCACCGUGGAGACUGUUUUCCGCCGCGCCGAGGAGAUCCGCAUGGCGUCUGGGCCAGGUGCCAGCUGGGAGUGCCGCGUUUCCUUCCUCGAGCUGUACAACGAGGACCUCAUUGACCUCUUGGCCAACUCGAACGCUCCCACAAACGUGACCAUUCGUGAGAACCAGGAUGGUCGUAUUGUGUGGUCUGGUGUUCGCGAGGUCAAGGUCUCGAACGUACACGAGGUCAUGGCGCUGCUCUGUGACGGUUCGACGCGUCGCCGCACAGGUGAGACCAACAUGAACCUCACCUCUUCACGUUCGCACGCCAUCUUCUCCUUGAACCUCGUCCAGUCGCGUCGCGCCGAGACGUCCAACGGCGACGACGUCCGUGGUACUCCUACCAAGCGUCCCAUGUCGGUCAUUGGCACCCCGUCGCGCUCAACAACCCCCGUGUUCCAGCGCGCACCGCCGUCAAGUUUCUCAAAGCUUGCACGUCCCACUAGCAUGCACGUUGGCGGCUUUAACAAGGCCAACGGUGACGACGAGAUGGUCGUCAUCACUAGCAAGUUUAACAUGGUCGACCUUGCUGGUUCGGAGCGCCUCAAGCGCACGGCUGCCCAAGGCGAGCGCAUGAAGGAGGGCAUUUCCAUCAACAGCGGUCUCCUUGCACUCGGAAACGUUAUCUCUGCGCUCUCUGAGCCAGGAAAGAAGGGCGGACAUGUGCCGUACCGUGACUCCAAGCUCACCCGUCUGCUGCAGGACUCCAUCGGAGGCAACGCCAUGACAACCAUGAUUGCCUGUAUCUCGCCACUCGAGUUCAACAUCUCUGAAACCAUCAACACUAUCAAUUACGCAUCUCGUGCGCGUAGAAUCAAGAAUGCUGUCACCAAGAACCAGUCCGAGGUCGGCUGGGACGACAUGGACUAUCUCCGCAACACGGUUCUCAGGCUGCGUGCCAAGAUUACCACGAUUGAGAACGAGCCCCGUGCUGCCCGCCGCAUCUCAGACGCCGUGCCCGAGUCAGCAGACGACGACGUUCUCCAGCGUCAAGUCGUCGAUCUGACAGACAAGCUCGCGGACCUCGAGGACGAGUUCAGCCACCUCCAGGACCAGUACUUCCAGAAAUGCCGCGAGAUUGUGGCCCUGAGCGACCCGGAUACUCUGGAGGAUGACAAGCUGAGGCAGUUCAACGAGACGAUUGAACCCGUCGUCUUGGAGUACGAGAAAGUCGUCACCUCGCUCAAUGGCCAGAUCGCCGAGCUCCGCGCAGAGGCCGCCGUUGCACAGCAAGCGCACGAGGACCACGCUGGCGAGCUCUCCAAGACGCACAAGCGUCUGGGCGAGCACGAGUCCUACGUGCAGGAGCUGCAGGGCCGUCUGUCCAAGUUGACGCAGCGCAACGACUCGUCCGAGGCUUACAUUCGUGACCUCGAGACCAAGUUCCGCACCUUUACAGACAGCGACGACCGCCAGACCGAGGUUAUCACUUCUCUCACCCAAGAGAUUCAGCACCUCAAGAACGAGAGUUCCAAGAGCAACACCUACAUCGCUGAGCUUGAAUCCCGUAUCUCGGCAUCCGAGGCACGCACAGGGGACCUUUCCGCUUUGGUUGAGCGCUACGAGAGGGAAGCGGAGGAGCGUGAGAAGGCUUACCGCGAGCUCGAGUCCCGAUUGGGUCUGCUCGACGACGACCAGCAAAGCGUCGGCUUGCUGCUUGAAGAGCUGGAGACCAAGGAACGCAAGAUUGAGGACCUCGAGACCCAACUUCAAACCGCACACACCACCUCUAUCGCUGCUGCUGCUGAAAUUGCUGCCACCCAAGAGCAGCGAGAGGCCGUUACCGAGCCCCAGUCUCUUUCGACACCACCCGACACCCCUCCUGUUCUCCGCACCAUCGCCGAGGACUCGGAAUCCGAGGUUGACAUCCUCCGCAAGGAGAACGAGACUCUUCUUCUCCGUCUUCGCGAGGCAGAGGCCCGCUACGAGCUGCUCGAGCAGGCCCCCGAGGCCGCUCCCGCCACCCCGACUCUCGACCCGCCAUCUGAGCAGGACGAGGAGCUGUCCGAGGACCACGACACCGAGCUGAGCCACAGCCCCGGCAAGCGCGAGAGCACUGGCGAGUCGAGCGAGUCGGACACCACCUUGGAGACCCCCAAGCUCGCGAGCCGCACCGUCUCGCCGCAGAUCCAGGACGACCCUCUGAACCAGGCGAUGCAAAGGUCGCCCUACUCGACUUUCCGUCCCCGCUCCAUUGGCGAGCCCCGCCUUCUCCGCCCCCUCUCCCUCUCGCAGGGUCUGUCCAACCUCUCCUACCCCAACACCCAGCCCCGCUACUCGUGGAGUGCACCCAGCAACGGCCUCCAGGCAUACGACCGUUCCCCCAAGUUUGAUCGCUCUCCCAAACGCCAGUCUAUCCCCUUUGACGCUCUCAAGCCUGCCCGUUCAUUGCAGAGCCUUGAGAUUGACAACUCGCUUCUCCAGAAGACUGUUGCCGACCGCGAGGCCCAGCUCAAGCAGCGCGAGGUUGAGAUCAAGUACCUUAAGAGGACCCUUGAGCAGAGCGGUGCCAACUCGCCCUCCCAGCUCGAGCACAACGAGGUUAUCGGUCGCCUCCGCAAGGACCACUCGGACGAGCUCAACAAAAUGUUCGAUACCCACAACCGCAGCAUGGCCGCCCUCGAGGAAGAGCACGUUGCAGCCCUUUCGCAGGUGCACUCGCAGCUCACCGACGUCACCAAGAAGCACGAGGUUGAGCUCGACAAGCUGCGCGAGAGCCACCAGCGCAGCUUUGACGAGCUUGACGAGCGUCACCGCGGCGAGGUCGAAAGCUCGACCGAGAUGAAGACUGCCCUCGAUGCCGCCUGGGAGGAGCUUGCCACCACCAGCCGCCGCCACCAGACUGAGCGCGACAACCUCACCGCCGGCCACCACAAGGAGAUUGCCGACGUUGAGGAGCGUCAUGCCAACGUCCUUGGUGCCCUCCAGACCGAGCUCGCAGCAUCGUCUGCUCAGCUCAAGUCGGUCCGCGAGGAGCUUGCCGCUGCCCAGGAGGCCCGUUCCAAGGCCGAGAAGGACCUGGCCGAGCGCCCAGAGCCCAAGGACAUGAUCCCCCUCGACGAGCACACGUUUGUCGUUUCGGCCAUGGAGGAGAUGGAGAAGGCCCUCACCGCUGCCGAGGACGAGAAGCGCCAGCUCAAGAUGAAGGCCGACCAGGUCCGAUUCGAGCUCUCGCGUAUCAGCGACGAGCACGAGAUGCAGCGUUCGAGCGACCUCAGCAAGCUCGCCGAGCUCGAGAAGCGCUGUUCGUCGCUCGCCUCGGACAAUGCCGAGCUCAAGUCGCUCACGUCCGAGCUGCAGCGGAACCGCGACUCGAAGCAGUCCCUCAUCGACCGUUCGUCGAGGACCAAGCUCCCUCCCAUCGGGCCCCCUCCCACUGCACCCCUCCCUCCUGUGCCCGCUGGCCGCGAGGCAGUCCUGUCGCCCACUCUCACCAACGCGUCGCUGUCGCGCAACUCGCACCACGAGGGCUCUGUCGAGUCGACCCGCUCGUCGCGGUACGACCACGACCAGCCAUCGUCGCCCCAGCACCGCCCCAGCUCUGUCCUCGAGACCGAGCGCGACAAGGCCAUUGCCGAGCGCGAGGAGGUGCUCCAGCAGAUCUCCGAGGAGAAGGAGCGCUACCUCGAGCUCGAGACGCAGCUCUCGACCGAAAAGCGCAACAACGAGCAGUUUACAAAGGACCUCAUCGAGCUCCGCAAGAACAACUCCAAGCUCAAGGUCCGCGUCGACGACGUCAACCGCGAGCUCACCGAGCUCAAGCGCGAGCGCGACGCCCUGCGCCGCGAUGUGGUGGAGAUGAAAAACGAGCUCGCCGAUGCCGAGUACGAGCGUAUCGCCGACCGCCAGCGCCUCGAGGGUGCCCGCGCAGAGGUCGCUCAGUACAAGGCCAAGCUCGACCGUAUGGUGGAUGCAAAGGUCUCGAAGCGGUCAGACCAGAAGCUCAAGUGCUUCUAA